AUGGCCGCCGAACUGAAGCAAAGGUCGACGACCGCCACCAAGGAUGCGCAGGCCGCUCCCAAGGAGGAGUUCGCCGACGCCAACAUCCCUGACGACUACGUCUCUCGAGUGCUCGCCACCGAGAAGCCUCUCCCCCCCGUUCAGCUCAAGAACAUUCUCGGCGAGAUCCAGUGGGUCUCGUUCCUGGCUCUCACCAUCACGCCCAUCCUCGCCUUCUACGGCCUCUUCACCACCAGCUGGAACAAGUACACCGCCGCUUGGACUUUCGGUUACUACUUCCUCACUGGUCUCGGCAUCACCGCCGGCUACCACCGUCUUUGGGCCCACCGUGCCUACAACGCAUCGCUCCCGCUCCAGUACUUCCUGGCCUGCAUGGGCUCGGGUGCCGUCCAGGGCUCCAUCCACUGGUGGGCCCGCGGUCACCGCGCUCACCACCGCUACACCGACACCGACCUCGACCCCUACGGAGCCCAUUUCGGUCUCUUCUGGUCGCACCUCGGCUGGAUGCUCAUCAAGCCCCGUCGCAAGCCCGGUGUUGCCGACAUCUCGGACCUGCGCAAGAACCCCGUCAUCAAGUUCCAGCACAAGUUCUACAUCCCCAUGCUCCUCUUCUUCGGCUUCGGUCUUCCGACCCUUGUUGCCGGUCUGGGUUGGGGUGACUGGCGCGGCGGCUUCUUCUUCGCCGGCAUGCUCCGACUUUUCUUCGUGCACCACUCCACCUUCUGCGUCAACUCGCUUGCACACUACCUCGGCGAGGCCACCUUUGACAACAAGAUGACGCCCCGCGACCACUUCUUCACCGCUCUUGUCACUGUCGGCGAGGGCUACCACAACUUCCACCACCAGUUCCCCAUGGACUACCGCAACGCUGUUCAGUGGUACCAGUUCGACCCCACCAAGUGGUUCAUUGGCACCAUGAGCAAGCUCGGUCUCGCCUCGCACCUCAAGACCUUCCCCGACAACGAGGUCAAGAAGGGUCGUCUUGCGAUGCAGCUCCAGAAGGCUCACGAGCUUGGUCAGCAGCUCGAGUGGCCCAAGUCCUCGGCUCACCUCCCCGUCAUCUCUUGGGACGACUUUGUCGAGGAGUCCAAGACUCGCCCCCUCAUUGUUGUCCACGGCUUCAUCCACGACGUCUCGUCCUUCCUCGACGAGCACCCGGGUGGCCGCCACCUGCUCACGGGCAAGAUUGGCAAGGACGCUACCACUGCUUUCCUCGGCGGUGUCUACGACCACUCGAACGCGGCACACAACCUCCUCUCGAUGAUGCGUGUGGGUGUCCUCGACGGCGGUUACCAGCUCGCCAAGGACGAGCUUGCCAAGGCCGAGCGUGAGAACCGCGCCACCGGCACCUCGGCCCACCGCCCUGCCGGCGCUCCCCCCUCGCCCGUCACCUCGGACGACGAGGACUUUGCCGCCCCCGCCACUCCUACCGACGAGACUCCCAUGACCACUACUUCGACCGUGGCAGCUGCCUCUGAGCAGCUCAAGUCGCAGCAGUCGGCGGACGGCGUCAAGUCGAUCAGCGACAAGGCUGCCACCUACGUCACGCCCGGUGAGGCAUACACCAUCGUCAAGCGUGGCGAGCUCCGUGCCAACGCCAAGGUCGAUGGUACCAAGUUUGGUCGCUUCCUCUAA